ACUGAUUUUUAUUUUAAGGCUUGAGUCAGAUUGCUGAUUAUGUACUGUAUCUUAAGACAUUAUGCUUAAUCCUGUUAUUAUUUUAGGGUCAAAAUGAAUUUUUCAACGUUAAUAGAAAAGUGGCAAAGAUGUUUUUAAGCAUAAUACCUUCUUUGCUUGUUGUCGAGAGAAAAAAACAAACAUAUGAACCCCCGCCUCCCUGCAUGUUGAUAUCACACAGAAGAUGUUUGAGUUAUUUGGAUCUGGUUGUGGGAACUAAGGCUGGAACGGGGUGAAAAUAGUUGAAUUUCCUCCAAAUGUUAGUCACGGAAAGGCAAGGCAGUUUUAUUUAUAUAGAACAUUUCAGUACCAGUAAAGUCAAUGUGCUUUACAUCAAGGUGCAUACAGCAACAAAUUAUAUUAUAAUAAAUUAAAUACAAAAACAACAACACUGACAACCACACACCCUGCAAAAGACAUUAACAAACCACACAACCAGCCCAGAUACACAAACCACAGACAGACAGACAGACAAACACACACACACCAGAUCUGUAUCUUAUUCUUGGUACAGUUAGAAAACCACCACCUGAUGACCUGAGAGGUCUGACUGGAUUGUAGUCAGUGAACAUUUUUCAUUCCUCCACAUAUGUAUUUUUCUGUCUUACCUUUCCUGUAUAGUAAAAUAUAUCCAGGGUACAAUAUAUCUGACCAGGCUAUUGCUAACUGUUACUAACUUGUUAACAUACCAGGAAAACUAAAGUGCAAUAUGCUUAGAGUAUACUUUUAUUGGACAAUCUUCACUUCAUUUAAAAAUCAAAAGUUCUUUGUGUAUUUAGCUCUUAUGUAAUUUCUUGUCCCAAACACAUUGUGAAAUUGUUGCAAACCAGCACAAAAUCCCAGUAUGUGCUGUGUUAUGCACUCUCCUGCAGCAUCCCUCAAUGAUGUAAGCUCAGUCAAUAAUGUAUUGAGCCAUCAAAAUGAUAACAUUUUUGCUCCUUUACAUUUUGCCAUAUUUUUGAAAAGCACAAGUCAUUCUUUAAAAACAGGGUAACAAAAGACCCUAGAAAUGAUAGGCCUUCAAUAAAAAUUGAAAUUAUUUGCUUUUGAAAAAUAUGCGAUAAUAAUAACUUUUAUGUAAUAUUUCACAAGGGGCUUAUUUGGGCAAAUUUAGAUUAUUUAUUUGCAUGCAUUAAGAAAUGUGACUAUAUAGGUGAGAAUACAAAAUAAUGGUAGUUAUGAAAAUACCUCACUAAAGGGCAAUGUAAAAACUGUGAAAACAAAAGAAACGAAAAAAGCAAAUAAAUACUAGAAUGGAAAUAUGGAAAACAAAGAAAAAAGAAAUGCAACUUCCAAGAAAUCCAUGGCAGACUAGUUUUUAAUUAAACCCUGUAUUUGUCUAAGAGCCAAGAGUUAAAACCUGAGGGAGCUUCCCUUGUUGCACAUUAGAGUCCGAACUUCCUGGAUAUUGGCAACCAACCACUUCAGUCAUGAAGCGUGCAAUGUCCUGAGGUUCCUGGAACACUUCUGAAGUUAUCCCAUUAAAGGGUUAUCUCAGCUUUUGGCUGUCCCAAGACUUAAAGAUUAAGGUGGUUGUGAGGUUUCAGACCUCGUUUCUGCCAGUGCUCUGCACAGACACUUUGCUCUCUUGUCUCAUCCUCACCACUGGCUCUCUCCAGUUUCUGGACAAAAUCAUACCUCUGGAGGAAUAAUGGGCACCAACUGCUCUAGCCUGGAUGAUAUCCUGGAGGAGGACAUGCACCACUGGUACACCAAAUUCAUGAAGGAGUCUCCUUCAGGGCUCAUAACGCUCUUUGAGCUCAAGACAAUGCUUGAAAUGAACGGUAUGACAGAGGAGGCCAGCAGCUAUGUGGACCAGGUCUUCCUCACCUUUGACAUGGAUGGGGAUGGCUAUAUAAACUUUGUCGAAUACAUUGCAGCAAUAAGUUUAUUACUGAAAGGAGAAAUUAACCAGAAACUAAAGUGGUACUUCAAGCUCUUUGAUCAAGAUGGAAAUGGGAAAAUUGACAAGGAUGAGCUGGAGACUAUAUUUAAGGCUAUUCAGGAUAUCACCAGAAGCUACGACAUCCCUCCAGAAGAGAUCGUAACUCUUAUAUAUGAGAAGAUCGAUGUCAACGGAGAAGGUGAGCUGACAUUGGAGGAGUUCAUCAGUGGAGCCAGGGAGCAUCCCGACAUCAUGGAUAUGCUCUCCAAGAUGAUGGAUCUUACCAAUGUCCUAGAAAUCAUUAUUAGAGGUCAGCAGAAGAAAGCUAUAAACUGAAUCAAUAAUCAACUGCUGGAUUGUGUGGAGAAUCAAGAUCGUUUUUGGUAGAUUUUCAGAAUGCAGCAGUGUUGAUGAAAAAGUAUAUGUGAUUGAUUGAUGAAGAACCAAGUCCCAUCUCAAAGUGCACAGACUGAACUGACUGAGCAGUCCCAUGCAGAUAUGAUCUCUCUGUAUGUCACCCGAGGGAAACAGAGAAUGUGUCCUCUUCCCUCUGCUUGUGCUCUUACAUUUAUUGAACUGUGGCCACUCAGUUUGCUUAAGGUUUAAAACACUUGUUUUACAGGUGAUUGGAGAGUCUCAGUGAACGGAGCCUACUUACUUUUUAGGUUCCCAUCAUGGUUUGAGCAGAUUGCGCAAAGCAAGGUGGAUAACUCACUUUGAUUUACCUUAUUAAGAGCUUAUUGAGCUGGAAAUAUCAUAUGGGACUCAUUUAUUUGAAAAGAUUUAGAGUUUUUUUUUAAAGUUUACAGUAAUUCACAGUUUAAUACUGAUUAGUUCUGUUGAAGACAACUGCCAAACUCUGUGUGAAUUUCUUACAAAACUUCAUUACAGAAAGCACCUCGGUCACUUCCUCUGCCAUCUAUGCCACAAUUACAGUAUUUGGGUGUUUACAUGUUAACACUGUAUGGUUAACAUCUAAAACACUCACGAAGAUUGUUUGUUCUUUGUUUUCGUGUUGUUGCUCUUAUAAAAUCUGUAUGGAAACUACACUGUUGCUUGUAUAAAAACUGGAUGAUCUAUGUAGUGACUGCAUGUAAAACAUAUUUGACAUGAAAUGUAAUGCUUUACAAUAUUUUACAAUAAUUAAGGUUACGAUGUUGCCUUAAAAAUCAAUACAAUGUUUUAGUUAAAAACAGUUAAGUUGUUAAUUUUCUUUUAAAGAAAAUAAUGUUCACACUGGCAGUUUACUGUAUAAUUCUUCAAUUUUUCUCCAGAUUAAGGAGUAGAAGUUCUUGAUGUGAUAUAUUCACAUUGCACAAACUGGACUAUUUUUCCUUGAAUGGAUGGCUUAACAUUUUCUGUUACUAUGUUUUCUACAUGGUUUUGCAUAGUACAGUAGCAAAUUCAAUAGUGAGAAAAAGUUAUGAACAGAGUGAGUACAUAAAACCCUAAUAUCACAUAUAGCAUGUAGAAGCGCUAUUAUUUGGGGUUUAAUCAAUAACUGAUGAAUGCACAGUUUAGACACCUGACCACUGAAAGAGCUCAAGGACGCCAUCUUGUGAGCACAAGAGCUCAGGAGAGCCAACCCUGUGUUCAAUUAUACAUACAGUAUGUGCAGGACAUGGAUAGAGGAAUGCAAGUUCAACUUUUACAUUUCAAGGGCCUUCUUCAGUGAGGCUUUAUAGCUGAGUUGAUACAUUUUAUUAGCACAGCUAAGCACAGCUAUCAUAUUCUACACAACAAUCUUUGUCUUUUUAAGUGACGCAAACUGGUAUUUCGUGUUCAGGUUGGUGCUUGGCUCCUCUUCUGUGCUCGUCUGCCAAGGGACCGACUGUCUGCAGAGCUUUCAUUUCCAUUUCUGCAGAAAAUACCAGAGCUUGUCACACACAUGAAAGAACCUUAUGAUUAGCCAUCAUUUAGUUUUGAGGGGAACCUGACCAUGAAACAAAUGUUUGAUCCCAGGCCCAUCUGGACCCUGUCAAUCCAGUGUUGGUUUCCUUCAUUUUCUUUUUAAGACUAAUCAUCCAAGUUCUCUUUUCUUUGGGUAAACAUUUGACAUCCCUCAGCUCAUUUAUGAACUUAAUAUCAAACCAUGUUAUCCAUUUAUAGAGGCCAUUCAAACAUAAUGGUCUGCCUGGUUAAUGAUUUGACAGAGGUUCAUUUUGGUGCACACCGGUCACAUUGUUAUGACCUCGGAAAAAUUGCAGGUUGUGUAAAUCAAAUAAAGAUAAGAGUUUGACUCCA